UCAAGAAAAGCAUCACGCCCUUUACAACAUUUAUUGGAAAGGUAGAGACCCACCAAGAAUUUAUGAACAUUCCUUCAUUUUAUGUCGUUUUCCUUGACAAUAGAAAGUAUAACAUCAUACGAUCGCAUAUUCAUUGAUUCUCGGAAUUGAAAGCAUAUUUCUUGUUCACAAUGAGUUUCUUCAACGACAUUGUCAUUUUCUUGUCCCUUUUUUCCUUUGCCUUUUCUCAAGAAACCUUCAAUUCUAAAAUCUUUCUGAAGACUUCGAUCACUGAAUACGCAGAAAAUAGCGAAAUCCAGUUGAAAGAAUGUCUUAUAGAAGAGGUUCAAUUGCAGUGUACAAGUUGGAGAUUUGCUGUGGAGGCCAAUAAUUUAAGCCCAUGGAGGAGAAUUCCAGAAGAAUGCGUUAAUUAUGUGAAGGAUUACAUGACUGGAAGGGGUUAUCAAUUUGAUCUUGACAGGGUCUCCAAUGAGGCUGGAGUUUAUGCAAGAAGUGUGGAGUUGAGGGGAGAUGGGAAAGAUGUUUGGAUUUUUGAUGUGGAUGAAACCCUUCUAUCCAAUCUUCCUUAUUAUGCUGAACAUGGUUAUGGAUUGGAGAUUUUUGAUAGUUUGAAGUUUGACGAAUGGGUUGAGAAGGGAAUCGCGCCUGCUAUAAAGUCCAGUUUUAAGCUAUAUGAAGAGGUUUUAAGCUUGGGAUUCAAAGUCACCUUGCUGACAGGUAGAAGUGAAAGGCAUAGAAAUAUUACCACUUAUAAUUUGAUCAAGGUUGGAUUUCAUGAUUGGGAUAAGCUUAUAUUGAGGUCCUCAGAGGAUCUCAAGAAAACAGCACUUGUAUACAAGUCACAGAAGAGGAAUGAGAUGAUUGAAGAAGGGUAUAGGAUACUGGGCAACUCUGGAGAUCAAUGGAGUGAUUUACUGGGUUCCUCAAUCACUGACCGUUCAUUUAAGCUUCCAAACCCAAUGUAUUAUAUUCCAUGAUUAUAAAUUCUUUAUAAUUCAAUAAUUCUUUCUUUCUUUA